AACCCGGAAGUGAAAUGGCAUGACCUCUGCUGGCGGCUUUCGGGUGGUUUUAUGGACGUGGUUUUAUUGCUCUUUGAUUGCUGAGAUUCUUCCAGUGGACACUGAAGCACAGGCCGACAACAGGCCUUCUUGCUUGGGAUUGUUUUAACGGGUUUUAACAGGCGCUACGGGAUCAGAUAACUGCAAAAAGAUGGAGAGCCAGCUUGUUGUAGAUCGGCUGACGGAAGCCGUGGAGGUUCUGAGGCAGGUGGAGUCCAACCUGCGCACCAGCAGCGACGAGGUCUGGCACAAGAGACGCCCGGACGGCAGAAAGGUGCGAGUUCUGAUCCGAGCCUCCAUCAUCUCCCUGGGUGAGAUCGACACGGUGAAGCAGGAGUUCUCGGCAGACGUCUGGCUCGCGGCCUGGUACAAGGAGCCACUACUCAAGGGGAAGAAACACAGGGAGGAGGUAGACUGGGACGACCAGUGGCACCCGCGGAUCGUGCUGUUUAACGCCGUGUCUGUGGACAAACACGAGAAGAAGCAUCACCUGAUCCUGGAGGAGGGAGAUGACGUGCCCAUCGUGCAGCAGAGCAACAGGAUCAGGGCAACCUUCAAGGAGCAGAUGGAACUAUUCGACUUCCCGUUCGACAAUCAGGAGCUGACGAUCCAGCUGAUGUCUGACUGGCCCAUCGGGCAGGUGGAGUUCGCCAAGAACAUGGGGAUCAAGGACACCAUCAGAACUGACACAUUUACUGGUUCGCAGGAAUGGGAGUUGUUCGGACAUCUCCUCUGUAAGCCCAGCAUCACCAACCAGGACCAGUCCACAUCUCACUACAGGUACCCCCUCUACAACAUCACCGCGCACGUGCAGAGGAAGAUGGGCUUCUACGUGUGGAACAUCGCCUUCAUCAUGUUCCUGAUCAUGGCGCUGUCCUUCACGGCGUUCUCGGUGCCGCCGAACGAGCCGGCGGACCGUCUGGGCGUCACGCUUACCCUGCUCCUCACGUCCGUGGCGUUCAAGUUCGUGGUGACGCAGAGUCUCCCCACCAUCUCCUACCUCACACUGCUGGACAAGUACGUGCUGUUGUGUAUGAUCUUCCAAUGCCUGAUGGCGGUCCAGAACGCGCUGGCCUCCAUCGUGUCCAACGCCUGGCUGUUCGACCUGGUCUCCAUGGCCGUCCUGGCCGGAAUCGUCUUCUUCACUCACCUGGUCUUCGGCGUUCUCAUGUUCGUCAAGAUACGAAGCACGAACAAGCAGCUAAGACAGGCGGAUAAGGAGUACUUGGAACUGUGUGAGAACAUUGACCGGUUCUACCAGAGGACAAAGUGCACCAUAUCGGGUUUCACCGAUGAGGAAGUCGAGGCGAUCGUAGGUCCGGCCAAACCGGCGGGUAUAGACAACUCCAAGCAGAUGGGGAUAGACGAAACGCAAACGGUGAGAGUCCGGGUUUCCUCAAAGGUAACGCCGCCUGCUGACUUGCCGGGUUCAGUCCCAGACGUACAACCCAGUAGGAACAACAAGUAUCAUGUCUGACCGAUCGGACAAGGCUGCUCUCAUAAUAUAUUAUAACAUCUUCUCAACACACAUAGGAUAUGUAUCCAAACGCAGCAGACACUGAUUGUACAUCGUCCCUACAGUUGGUACCAAAAGGAGUUGAGAACUCCUUUGAAAAUGCCGCAUGAACCUCUAAUGACGUAAAAAAAGUCCAAAACCGACAGUUCUGCUUAUUUCUGGAUGUGGAAAACAUUCGGGGGUUACUGAGUGUCAGAGUUUGUCGUGGUGCAGUUUUGCAUGGCAGACGAGUCAAGAUCAUUCGGUUCAAUGAGUGAAAUAAUUACGGGGCGACCUCAAACAUCCUUCUUCGGAAAAGACCCUGACAGCUUAAUUGUUACAAGCUGAAAACCCUAAAUUAGUCUUAAGAAUCAAGGCCCAACUUAAGGAGGUAGUGAGCCCCUUCUUGCUUUCGCCCCUGGUAUGUCUCCUGAUGGGCAGAUGACGACAAGUCAUACGAAGAAAACGCCAUACCGUUUUAACCUUACCAUUUAGACGGAUAGACCUGUCACCAGAUAACAAUUGUCGGUGACAAAUGGAUGUUCUUGCUUGGUUAAACAUCGCACUUUGAGGCUUGCGGCGGCAGACAAUGGGGUACAAUGAACUCUCCUAGCCUGGGUAACCAGACCGCCGUGAGCUCAGCGCUAUUUCUUCGGCGCCGAGAGCGUUUCGGAUCGGCCUCGGCUAAUUCUUGGCGUUUUAAUAAUAAAUCUGGUUCUCUUUUUUUACUGAUACAUUUUUAAGUCAAGCUAACAUUUACUUUGGUAAAUUGCUGGUCCUUUUGAUACUGUUUUUGCAGCCACCAACAUAUCUGCUUGGAGAUUGGGCACAGGGCCACACC